UAAAAUGGUUUCUCUGACAGCCCUAGUAGGGGCUGAGCAGGCAGCUUGGGAGUGAGGUCAUACCUUGGUAUAAAGGCCAGGCCUUGGAUGUUUCUGGUCCUUUGAUUCAUCAGGUGUCAUUUUAAUUUUUUACUGUUUAAGCUCUGAGAGCAGCCACAUUCAUAUUCAACUUGUGGGCAAAUGCCUAAUGAGGGGAAGAAGAGGACUUGGCUGAGCUGCCUUUGAAAUGGUUCUCUUGCCACCUUUAUUCUAGCUGAAGCCCCUGUCUUUGCUUCAGCUCUUCCUGUGUGAUUGAUUUAGCAGCCUUUCCCCAAGUCCCCCGUUAUGUCGCUUCUCCCAUUAACGUUAAUGAAAAUGUGCCUGCUGGCAGUGAGCCCAGGGCUAAGAGAAGAUAAUUUCUUGCUGCUUUUCUCUGAGCUGUCUUGCAGUUUAUUUGUUAAUACCGUGUGGAGAGGACAGCAGAUAAGCUGCUUUGGGCAUAAAUCAUGGCACAAAGGCGUUAGUUUCCUGUCGUGUAAAUGGCCACAGAACCAGGCUGCUCCGUGCAGAGGAGAAUGUGGUCCUUGGAUUACAUGGGAUCCUGUCACUUACUACACGGCUCUGCAUAUUGCUGUCCUCCGUAACCAACCUGACAUGGUAGAGCUGCUGGUGCAUCACGGGGCUGAUAUUAACAGGAGAGAUCGGAUUCAUGAGAGCAGUCCCCUGGACUUGGCUAGUGAGGAACCUGAGCGGCUGCCCUGCUUGCAACGACUCCUGGACCUUGGGGCUGAUGUUAAUGCAGCUGACAAGCAUGGAAAGACAGCUUUGCUUCAUGCACUAGCCAGUAGUGAUGGGGUCCAAAUCCAUAACACUGAGAACAUCCGGCUCUUGUUGGAAGGAGGAGCAAAUGUAAAGGCUACCACCAAAGAUGGUGACACAGUAUUUACAUAUAUCAUUUUCCUGCUUGGUGAAACAGUGGGAGGGGACAAAGAGGAGGCACGUAUGAUCAACCGAUUCUGCUUCCGUGUUACUCAGCUGCUACUGGCCCAUGGAGCAGACCCUAGUGAAUGCCCACCCCAUGAAUCUCUCACCAAUAUCUGCCUCAAGAACUUUAAGCUACACUUUCCACUCCUGCGCUUCCUUCUGGAAUCUGGAAUGUCCUACAAUUGUUCUCUCCAUGGCCCAUCUUGCUGGUCUGGCUUCCACAUAAUCUUUGAGAGACUCUGUUCCCACCCAGGCUGCCCUGAAGAUGACAGCCACUCAGAACUCCUGCAGAAAGCAGAGACUGUGUUGGAGCUUAUGGUAGCUAGUUCCCAGAGAAUCCAGCUGCCUAGCAACUUUGAGGUCAACCCUGCUGGCUGCCUGGCAGAAAAGAUCAAGGCCCUCUACACUUCCUUGAAGCAACUAGAGUAUUGUCCCCCACCCCUUAAACAUUUGUGCCGUGUGUACAUUCGUCAACAGCUCCGACCUUGGCCUGUGGAUGUCAAGGUCAAAGCCCUACCUCUUCCUGAUAGGCUAAAGUGGUAUCUUCUCAUUGAGCACAGUGGUUCUAAUGAUGAUGAUGAUGUCUGAUAUGACCCAGGCAAGCCCCUUCCAUCUUCAUGUGUCUCCCCUCAGCCCUGUUCUCCUCCCCCUCCCUUGGAUCUGAGAUUUCCCAGGCUGAAAGGCACAAUGGUCGAGCAGCUUUAACUUGACAGUUUGACUGUUUGUGCACAAAAUAAGUAUAGGUCCCUGGGUUCUGGGAGGAGAGAGGGGGGUAGGCUCUUCCCUCAUCUCCAUCUAAACAAAAAGAGGUUUGGGAAAGACCUGGUUCUUCCCGAGUGCUAGGAAAGAGAGGUAUUCCCUAGGGUUUCUGUGGGGGUGCCUGAUAAUAGAAGCUUCACUCAUUCCUAAUAUGAGAUGCAUUAUUAAAGGUGGCUUUGCCCCAAUGUGCUAAGGAUCCCAACCUUUGCCUUAAGGGAACAGGCACUGGAUUUUAGGUGAGAGGUGCUAUGGUAUCCUUUAAUUUUCAUCUAUUUUAAGUGGGAGUUUACAUGCUGUGCAGCAGUUUGUCCACUGAAGCUCACUUCUAGAUAGUAUUGGAGGGAACAAGAAAUUUCAUAUGCUGGUGCACAUACUACUGCUGUGAAACUCUAGGUUUUAGCAGGCAUUUGGUCUUCUGGGAGCUGUAGGAAAUUUACAUUCUUCCCAGUUGGAGAAGUCACUUGGUAAAAGGUGAUGAUAUUUAUUCCCUCUAAUUGAAGGGAUUUUAAGAGGGUAACCAGUCUCUUUCAGUAGCUGAAAACCCAGAAAUUGUUUUUUUUUUUCAGAGUGAGAGGUGUGGGAGGGUACAAAGAGGUCACACAUGUAGCCCUUUGCUCUCUGCUAUUUUUCAUCACGAGUUCUCUUAGCUGUUACUUGGCAGCUCCUGCCAAAGUGCCUUUUUAGGUGGCAGGGGAAAAUAGCUACUGAAAACUUAUAUAAAUCCAUUUACUCUCCCAUGGGUGAAGCUCAGACCUCUUUCUAAUAGUACUGAAGAACUAUUAGGCUGAGAUGUUAGGUCAUAAUACAUUGUGUGUAAAUAGGGCUGGUCUGAGCUACCUCCAGUCUGUACAAAGAGCCUAAUGUUAACACUGAUAGUCUCCCCAACCCCAGUGUAAGUUAUGGUUGAAGUGCCAAAACCUGGAAAAUAAAGUGCUCUGUACGAUA